CCACUCCCGCGAUUCAUUGUUGGCCUGUGACUCAGACUUCCAAGUGCGAAAAGGUGGACAGCAGGAGCGGAUCACAGAGCGGAUUAGCCAUGAACAGCGACGGCGAAGCCUCAUCACUGCAGAUGCCCCAGAUGACGGUUGGGGGCAUCCUCCCGGGGGAAGCCAACCAAUCGCCGGGCCCCGCCCCCCUUUCAGUGGCGGAGGCGGUGUCCAACACGGACUUCUACAUCGGCGUAGGCCUGGCCAUCUCCUCCUGCUUCUUCAUCGGCUCCAGCUUCAUCAUCAAGAAGAAGGCCCUCAUCCGGCUGAGCAGAUACGGCGAGGUUCGAGCUUCAGCCGGAGGAUUCGGGUACCUAAGGGAGUGGAUCUGGUGGGCGGGUCUUCUAACGAUGGGUGUGGGAGAAGCGGCCAACUUUGCGGCCUAUGCCUUCGCCCCCGCUUCUUUGGUAACCCCACUGGGUGCCCUUAGUGUGAUCAUUUCCGCCGUGAUGGCCUCCAGAUUCCUCAACGAGAAGCUGAACCUGCUGGGGAAGAUAGGCUGCUUCCUGUGCAUACUGGGAUCCACGAUCAUUGUGAUUCACUCCCCCAAAGAGAAAGAGGUCGAGGAUCUGCAACUUCUAUUUGACAUGCUACUGGACCCCGUGUUCAUCCUAUAUGUGAUUUGCAUCAUUGGCUCAACGGUGUUUGUGGCCUGCUUUAUUGCCCCGCGCCAUGGACACACCAAUGUGGUGGUUUAUAUCUUCUUGUGUUCCGGGAUUGGGUCCCUGACUGUGAUGUCCUGCAAGGCUUUGGGUCUGGCCAUCCGGCAGACUCUGAAUAAUGGAGGGAAUGUAUUCCUCACCUGGAUGCCCUGGUUCCUGAUCCUGGUCACCGUCACAUUCAUAGCCAUCCAGAUGAACUACCUGAACAAGGCGCUGGAUAUAUUCAACACAAGUAUAGUGACACCAGUUUACUAUGUGAUGUUCACCACCCUGGUGAUAGCAGCAUCUGCCAUCCUGUUCAAGGAGUUCACCCACAUGCGAUUCGACGAUAUCCUAGGCGAUGUUUGCGGCUUCCUUAUCGUAAUCACAGCUGUCUUUCUGCUCAACGCCUUCAGGGAUAUUGAUAUAUCGCUGAACGAUGUGAGGGGUCUGAUGCGACCGAAAAUGCAGCGGGUGUCGCAGUUCGACGAGGAAGUGCUGGUCACCAGCAACUCCAAGGAACGACGCCUGUCCUACGGAUCGGGGGACAUGUUCCGGAAGGCCUGACACAAGCAACGCUACCAGGUUUAGUUGCAUCCCCUGCAGCGCACGGCCUGAAAACAGGGGUUUACUCCGCAGACGAAGCAUUGGUCCAAAUAUCUGUGCAUAUCACUUGCAAUCACACAUCCCAUCCCCAUCUAUUGUUCCUUCGACCUUGUUAUCCAACAUUCGCUAGCAUAAGAACUUAGGUUUAGGUUGAAAUUAUAUUAAAAACGAUUUACUUAAACAAGAACAA